CCGCGCCGGAAGUGCCCGCGCCGGCGGAGGAAGCGCAGCGGGUGCUGAGCGGCGGAGCCGGCGGGAAGGCCUCUCGCUCCUCCGCCCGGCAGGGUCUGGCGGGAGCCGGCGGCAGUGGCGCCGCGGCCUCAAGCCGGCCCCGAUACCCGGCGCAGCCAGUGCCCGGGACGGGACCCGGGCGGCGCGGAGAUCGGGAGGAAGCCGCGAGGAGCCCCGGCGCCGAGCUCCGAGGCCCAGCGGCCUGGGCCGCGUCACCGCAGCCACAUGGCCUCGGGAGGGGGCGCGGCCUUCGAGGAGCUGCCGCACGACGGCACGUGUGACGAGUGCGAACCCGACGAGGCCCCGGGGGCCGAGGAAGUGUGCCGAGAGUGCGCCUUCUGCUACUGCCCCCGCCACGCCGAGGCGCACGGGCAGAAGUUCCCCAGCCACCAUCUGACCCCGUACGUCCACGGCGCUGCCCAGGCCUGGACCGCCGGGGCCCCGGGGCAGGGUGACGCGAAGGAAGAAGCCGGGGCCAAGGUGGAGAAUGAGCGGGAUCUAGAGAGCGAGGUGGGGGAGGAGAGCGAGUCCGAGGAAGACAGUGAAUCAGAAGAAGAGAGCGAGACAGAGGAAGAGAGUGAGGAUGAGAGCGAUGAGGAGAGUGAAGAGGACAGUGAGGAGGAGAUGGAGGAUGAGCAAGAGAGCGAAGCAGAGGAAGACAACCAAGAAGGAGAAUCCGAGGCGGAGGGAGAAACGGAGGCAGAAAGUGAGUUUGACCCAGAAAUAGAAAUGGAAGCGGAGAGAGUGGCCAAGAGGAAGUGUCCGGACCAUGGGCUCGAUUUGAGCACCUAUUGCCAGGAAGAUAAGCAGCUCAUCUGUGUCCUGUGCCCUGUCAUUGGGACUCACCAGGGCCACCAGCUCUCCACCCUAGACGAAGCCUUCGAAGAACUAAGAAGCAAAGACUCAGGCGGACUGAAGGCAGCUAUGAUAGAGUUGGUGGAAAGGUUGAAGUUCAAGAGCUCAGAUCCUAAGGUAACCCGGGACCAGAUGAAGGUGUUCAUACAGCAGGAAUUUAAGAAAGUUCAGAAAGUGAUUGCUGAUGAGGAGCAGAAGGCCCUUCAUCUGGUGGACAUCCAAGAAGCAAUGGCCACUGCUCAUGUGACUGAGAUACUGGCAGACAUCCAGUCCCACAUGGACAGGUUGAUGACUCAGAUGGCCCAAGCCAAGGAACAACUUGAUACCUCUAAUGAAUCAGCUGAGCCAAAGGCAGAGGGUGACGAGGAAGGACCCAGCGGUGCCAGUGAAGAAGAGGACACAUGAAGGCUUGCCAUCCCCCAUGGAAACUCAUCCCUUCCCCCCUGUGUGUAUGUGACGGCGUGUAUGUAGCGGCUUCUGAGUUCUGUGAAAGCUGCCCACCAACAACCGUACUUCCACCAGAUACAUCCCCAGGUCCACUGCAGGCACAGAUCUCUCCAAGGGAUGACCGACUUUAUUGUUACUGACUGUGCUUUUCAUUCUCUCGUCAUGGUAGGUCAAGAAAAAGUGACCCUAUGAUCAACCAGGAACAGUUAAUUAAGAAGCAUCCUUCAGGUAGUCCUUCAGUGGCUGCUUUGAACUUACUCAGGAAAGCCAGCCCCCGUGAUAUUGUAUACUCAGACAGCAUCGCUUUAGCUGGAAGGUUCUGGAGUAAUCUUGAAGGGCAGUCAGAAUUUUUUUUUCCUACCUGCUACUAAAACCCCACUUUAUUUAUAUUGCAGCAUGGAACAGUGGGGAGCACAGUAGGGCUCUGUAGAUAGUCUCUAAAAGUCCAGUUAUACAUUUGUGAAAAUGUGGCUCCACGAAGUAAGAUGGGUGGCAUGAAGACGGGGUGGGAGAAAGAGUUAAAAGUUUGAAAUACAAGGAUAUUUUUAGUACAUGAGGUUAUCUAGCACUUCAGAUCCAUAAUUCAGUGCUGUGGAAAUGAAAAAAAUGAUUGAAGAGGUAGAAAGGAAAUGACUUUAGAA